GCGCAGAAGGCCCGGUCUCAACGCACGCUGAGGGAAGCAGCGGCAGGUUCUGGUGCGGCCCGAGUUCUGGGCAUCUCCCGGAGUGUAGAGAGCAGCGUGGGGACCCGGUUCGGGACCCUCACACACAUAUUUCAGAAUGCCAGGACUAAGUUGUAGAUUCUACCAGCACAAAUUUCCUGAAGUGGAAGAUGUGGUAAUGGUGAACGUACGGUCCAUUGCUGAAAUGGGAGCUUAUGUCAGCCUAUUGGAAUACAACAAUAUUGAGGGCAUGAUUCUUCUUAGUGAGCUCUCUAGAAGACGUAUCCGCUCCAUUAACAAACUCAUCCGAAUUGGCAGAAAUGAAUGUGUGGUUGUCAUUAGAGUGGACAAAGAAAAGGGAUAUAUCGAUUUGUCAAAAAGAAGAGUUUCUCCAGAAGAAGCAAUCAAAUGUGAAGACAAAUUCACCAAAUCCAAAACUGUUUAUAGCAUCCUUCGCCAUGUUGCUGAAGUGUUAGAGUACAGUAAAGAUGAGCAGCUGGAGAGCCUAUUCCAGAGAACUGCCUGGGUCUUUGAUGACAAGUACAAGAGACCAGGAUAUGGUGCCUAUGAUGCAUUUAAACAUGCAGUCUCAGACCCUUCAAUCCUGGAUGGACUGGAUUUGAAUGAACGUGAAAGACGAGUGCUGAUUGAUAACAUAAAUAGGCGCUUGACACCACAGGCUGUCAAAAUCCGAGCUGAUAUCGAAGUGGCUUGUUAUGGUUAUGAGGGUAUUGAUGCUGUAAAAGAAGCUCUGAGAGCAGGUUUGAAUUGUUCCACAGAAAACAUGCCCAUCAAGAUUAACCUGAUAGCACCUCCUCGGUAUGUGAUGACUACUACAACCCUAGAGAGAACAGAAGGCCUAUCUGUCCUCAAUCAGGCUAUGGCUGUCAUCAAAGAAAAGAUUGAGGAGAAGAGAGGUGUCUUCAAUGUUCAAAUGGAGCCCAAAGUGGUCACAGACACAGAUGAAACUGAGCUUGCAAGACAGCUGGAGAGGCUUGAGAGGGAAAAUGCUGAGGUGGACGGAGAUGAUGAUGCUGAAGAAAUGGAAGCCAAAGCUGAAGAUUAACUAUUUGGGAAAAGGCAUCCAGCUGGAGGAACACAGACCAGCUCUUCCUGGCUUAGACACCGUAGACUUGAAAGUUUUCCACUAUUGAAAACUUCAGAGCUGAAUAUUUUGUAUUUCAAAGUAUUUAAAUGUUUCAACAGACCAGCAUGUGAGCCCUCCCAAAUGCUGGCACAUUGAUCUCUUUUAAAGGGAGUGGCCUAAUUUCACUAAGAGACUAAAACCCCGAAGCUGAGAUCAUCCACACAAUUGGGCCUGAGGUUUUCAAUCUCUACUUCUGAUUGGCAGCCCCUUCCAUUUAGUGCCUCUUUGAGUUUACCAGGAGCACCAAAAGCAAACAGUCCCAAUCUUUCUAUAUUCAUUGUACUCAAGCAGAACAUUCAAUAAAUUUCUGGGAUAUUUAA